CCCGCGAUCGAGGCGCGUCGCAUUUCCGACGCCCACGCGUCAACGCACCGCGAGAAUCGCGCGCACGCCGGGAAACGCGCGAAGAGCGCACCGAGGAGGCGCAAUUAACGCUCGCCGUUGACUGCGAAACGUCGCCGGCGAAUCGAAUCGAGCUCGCGUUCGGCGCGCGCGACGAUCGCGGCGGGUCGACGCGGUCGGCGACGACGCGCGCGCGUGAUCGAGGCGCGGUCUCAGCGUCGACGGGACGCGUCGAAGCGUCGCGUCGAUCGCACGUUCGAGGGUGACGGCUGACUGGCAAGAUUCGGGGCGUCAUCGAACGCGCGAUGGCUCGCACGCGAGGCGAGGAGCCGGCGGAGAAGUCGGCGACGAUCGCGUUGGCUGAUAUCGCCGCCGCGACUGAGACGAUUAAGAAGGCUCACAUGAAGAAGGAAUCGAAGAAACGUAAGGCGGAACUCGACGUCAGGGCGCCGUUGAGCAAGCGACAGCUGGACGACGACGCGGCGUACGCGGCGUUGAUGCACGACAAGUCAAAGGAUGCAGACUUGCCGGUGGCGCAGGCUUCGGAGAAGGAAUUGCAAACUGUUUCUGAUAGUAGCGAGUGGGACGUCAAGUUUCCGGGGCAGAGAUUCGGGCAGUGGAGCACGCUCGAGGUGGAACAGAUGAAGCGCUCGCUCGAGAAAUGGGCCAACGAGCACGGGCUCGCAGAAGAUUUCAUGAAUGGCAACUAUGAGUUCUUGUUCAACCGUCGUCAAAAGCAAGGAGGUAAAGGUGCACACUUACCGCUAUCUGAGCGACGCGCGUUUAUCGAAGUCGCUCGCGAGACGCCGACAAGAAACGCCAAGCAAAUUUACGGCUGGAUUUUGAGAAACAUGGACAAAAAGUCGAAGUCGGGGAAGUGGCAGAAGGAGGAGACGGAAGCUUUGCUCGAGCAAUACACGAAACUGGGCCCGAAAUGGUCCAAGAUCGCGGAAAUAGUCGGCAGGCCGGCGUCGGCGUGCCGUGACAAGUGGCGUCUCGCCAAGGGAGGUGAACACAAAAAGUCGGGGCACUGGAGCCAGGAAGAAACCGACAAGUUGUGUGAGCUCGUGAAGGAACACUUCCGCCAGCGAGGCGCGGAAGCUGGAUGCGGGCCGGGAACGGGCAACGAACACCUUUCACUUCGCGACAAUAUCAACUGGGUCACCAUCUCUGCCAAAAUGGGCACUCGAAACGAGCAGGCUUGUUUGCAACGAUGGUAUCAAAUCUCGCCUCCAAUGACGAGUACGGGCGAGUGGGAUGUCGAACAAGACUACGAGAUGUUGAAUAACGUCAUCAAGUACAGAUCGAUGACUGCCGAAGCUGUGCCAUGGGCGUCGACUGUUCGGGGCCGUGAUUUGUCUCGAAUCAUGCGACGGUGGAAAUUGCUUUCGUCCAAAAUCUCUGGACACGUCGACAUGGCAUUCCGCGAACUCGUGCUCCAAGUUUGCAAGAGUAAGGACUACAAAGACCUCGUUAUCAAGGCGCAAGCUUUGGUCAAGUCUUCCUCGAGCGCGUGACUACGAGCUUAAGAUGCGAUGAUGUUUUCACCUACCCACUGUACCAUCCACAUCACCUGCCCACUGUACCAUCCAUAUUCAUGUCAUAAUUUUUUCCGUUUCAGCGUGAGUUUUGAAACAGGCUCGUCAUACAAUUUAGAUAAUUCCUUAGUCAUGCAAGA